ACAAUUUAAGAAAUUGGGAUGGAACUUGGUAAUCAUUGUAUACUUAGCCAUAUUCUGUCAAUAUUUUAUCCAAUAUUCAUUAUCUCUAACAAAAUUGGGGGAAAACUCUCACUCCAACACUGACCUGUGGAGAAGUGAGACAACACUAAUCUGAACAAAACAAUGGAAUUACAACACAGCCUAAGACUGCAGCUUUUGGCCCCACCUUCACAAGAGAAAUGCUUGAGAAGCUUCCCUUCAGUGUUUGGAAUUUUCCCACAAAGGAAAAACAGACUGAGAAGUUUUAAUCUCUGUUCCUUGAAAUUGAAUAAUUUUGGUCCAUCAGUACCAAACUUUUGGAGGUCCCAAUUGACGGUUCAGGGUCUCAGACUAAAGGGAUCAAAAGCUUCGAAGCUAGAAGAGUUGCUCAAAUUUGGCAAUGGAGAGGAAGAUGAUGGAGAUGAAUCUGAAUCUGAUUCUGAUGGAGGUCAUAAGAGGGACGAUUACUUUCAUAUGGAUGAGGAUGAAAGGCGGGAAUGGAGGAGGAAGAUAAGAGAUGUCAUUAAAAUGUCUCCUGAUGUUGAGGAAGAGGUAGAUCCUGUUGAGAGAAGACAAAAGAUGCAAAAGCUUUUGGCUGAUUACCCUCUUGUUGUUGAUGAGGAAGACCCUGAUUGGCCAGAAGAUGCUGAUGGGCGAGGUUUUAACUUGGAUCAAUUCUUCAAUAAGAUCAGUAUCAAGAAUGUUAAGAAAGAUGACGAUGAAAAUGAUGACGACAAUGAAUUAGUAUGGCAAGAUGAUGAUUAUAUUCGUCCAGUUAAAGACUUGACCACUGCAGAGUGGGAGGAGACUGUCUAUAAGGACAUCAGUCCCCUUAUUGUUCUUGUUCAUAAUCGCUACAAAAGGCCUAAGGAAAAUGAAAUGGCACGGGAUGAAUUGGAGAAGGCUAUCCACAUCAUCUGGAAUUGCAGGCUACCAUCGCCAAGGUGUGUAGCAAUUGAUGCUGUUGUUGAAGUUGACUUGGUGUCUGCUUUGAAAGUCUCUGUUUUUCCCGAGCUCAUCUUCACUAAAGCAGGGAAAAUCUUGUACCGUGAGAAAGUGAGCCGAACAGCAGAUGAGCUGUCCAAAAUGAUGGCGUUCUUCUACUAUGGAGCUGCCAAGCCACCUUGUCUCAGUAGCAUUGAGAAUUCUCAAGAACUAAUACCUACAAUCUGAGAAAGAAAUUAUCUUCGUAGAUGAGUCUUGAGAUCUAUUCAAACUAUGUUUUGAUAGCUUCACUGUAUUGUGAAUUGUCAUGAACGUAAAACGUAUCCUACAGGUGCAACAAUGAGUGUUGUCUGUACAGUCGGUCACUAAGAUGGCACCGGUGCUCUUGGUGGUGUUUUACCAGGUGAGAAGAUGGGGUUCAUUUUGCUCUCUUCAACAUUUCAAUAGGUGCAUUGCUCGUUCCUUCGGUCCUUGUGCUAGCGCAGCACCCUUAUUCGGUAUCAAUACAGCAAACACUUAUAAUUGCAAGCAGCUUCAAGGUUGAAAAUAGUAGCUACUGAAAUGUCAUGCUAGUGUAUUCUUUGUUCAAGUAUAACAGCUACAUGGCCAGCCAUUUGUGUAGAUUUAGUUAUGUUGUCUUCUUCCCUAUGUAAAAUAGCAUAGAUUGCUUCGUAAUAUAUAUAUAUAUAUGUAUUAGUUUUGCAAGAUUUUAGUUUACAUAUUUGGUGUACUAAAUUUUAUACAUUAAUGCUACCAAACAUAAUACUAGUUAGAAUGAAAUUUCUAUGUGGUGUGGA